AUGGUGAAACAGAAACUAAGAGUAGUAGCUGCAUCUCACAGUGAGCCCCAACCUCCAGUAGAGGAAACCACAAGGGAGAAAAAUAGGAGAGAGCUAGACGAGAGGAGAGGAAAGAGAGAGGAGGAAAGGUUACUGGGGCUCCGGGAGUGUGAUACCCGAUCACCAAGACGGCAAUCCCCUGAGGCUUCCGACAUUUUAAACAAGUUGGAUGAUACUACGGACCCUUGCGAUGACUUUUACCAGUUUGCUUGUGGUGGCUGGUUGAAAAAACAUGUUAUUUCUGAAUACUACGCGCCACAAGUGUCAAUUCAUUCCGAACUUCAAGAUAAACUCUACUUAGAACUCAGACGUCUCUUAGAAAAAGAGACGGCUGAAGAUGAAUAUGAUUUCAUUCCUAAGAUAAAAGAAAUGUAUGAAUCCUGCAUGGAUACAAGAAGCAUCGAGAAUGCAGGAAUCUCACCCCUGAGCGAAGCUCUGAAGAAACUUGGAGGCUGGCCAGUGGUUGAAAAACAUAGUUGGGAUGAGACUUUCUUUGACUGGAUUAACACUCUCAGUCAUCUCCGCAAGAUGGGCUACAGUCACGAUACUCUGAUGAAACUGGACGUUACAAUGGUACCUAACCACACAUCGCCUUACAUCGUAACACUGGACCAACCAUCAUUGGGAUUAGAUCGCCAAUUUUUAGUGAAGGGACUAAAAGAUAUUACCACAUAUCGUUACUUCCAAUUGAUGGUAGCUGCAGCAAACGCCUUGGGUGCAGAUAAAGCAACCUCAGAAGAAGAACUCAAGAAAACUCUCGAGUUUGAAAUAAAACUGGCCAACUUUUCUUUGCCAGCAAAGAGAAGACAGAAAAUUAGCCAUGUGUAUGAGGGGUUUACUGUAUAUGAUCUUUUGACUACCGUAAAGGAGAUUGACUGGCUUAGAUAUCUCAACUUACUUUUGAAUGAUGAAAUUGAUCAAAAUGAACCCAUCGUAGUUAUGUCUUCAAAUUAUAUCAUUGAAUUCUCCCGUUUCAUCAGGGAAGCAGAUAAGAGAGUUGUAGCCAACUACAUCAUGUGGAGAGUCGUUCAAGCAUCAUUGCCAUUUUUGUCAAAAGACUGGAGACAUAUGCUUCAAGCGCACACCCCAAAAACGACUGCAGAGAAGCCACGUUGGAAGGAAUGCAUCUCGAGAUUGAAUGAUGGUCCCUUAGGAGCAACCCUCAGUUUUUAUCAUAUGCAACAUUACUUUGAGAAGGAAAGCAAGGAAGCUGCACUGGAGAUCGCUAGAUAUAUUAAACGAAGAUUCUUAAAUGGUAUAACUGAGGCACACUGGCUCAGAGAACAUGAUGGAUAUUUACAAAAUAAGGUCAAUACAACUACAUAUCACAUUGGAUAUCCGAAAGAGCUUCUGGAUGAUUGUUUUCUCUUAGAACUGUACAAGAAUUUAACAUUUAGUGAAGGAAGUUACCUUGACAAGGAAUUGAAAGCCCGCAAAUGGUCAACUGACUACUUUUUUUCUCUUCUUCGGAAGCCUGUGAUAAAAAACGAAUGGACAAAAUUCCCAAAAGCACUUUCUGUAGAUGGCGUUUAUCACUGGACUAAUAACAGUAUAGAACUUUCCGCAGGGUAUUUACAAAGUCCAUUUUUUAACAAGGAUUGGCCGCAGUACCUGAAUUUUGGAGGCUUUGGUCAUAUUAUUGCACAUGAAAUCACGCAUUCCUUAGAUUAUUCAAUUCGGGAAAUUCGCAAAACUGAUAGUUGGAUACACCGUGCCUACGACGAACUACCCAGUUGUAUGGUAUUCCAAUAUGCUAAUUUCUCUGCUGACAAUUCAAUGAAGGUAAAUGGCGUGUCAACGAUACGUGAAAAUAUAGCUGACAAUGCGGCUUGGAGAGAAGCUUAUCUGGGUUACCAAUCAUGGGUAAGAGAUCAUGGACGAGAGAAUAUGCUGCCGGGCUUGAAAUAUACACCGAAUCAGUUGUUCUGGAUAAGUGCGGCAAAUAAAUGGUGUGAGAAAGUUGAACCGGACUAUCUGAAGACUGUUCUUGAAGAAGGUGUCUAUCCACCCCAAAAAUUUAGGGUUAUAGGACCAGUAUCAAAUUCAGAAGAAUUUGCCAAAGAUUUCCACUGCAAACCGGGUUCUAGAAUGAAUCCAGAACCGAAAUGUUAUGUUUGGUAGAAAAUCAGCUUAAUAAAGUCUUUUGAGAAAGGGGA